AUGGUCACCAAGAGUGGUUUCGGCAAGACUUCCAAGCGGGUUCCCGUCCGCUUGAGGCACAAGAUUGAAAAGUCUGCAGUUCAGAAGCAGAAGAAGGCAAAGAAGCUCGCAAAGAAGAACCCCGAAUGGCGGUCAAAGCUCAAGAAGGAUCCUGGCAUUCCCAAUCUCUUCCCCAACAAGGACAAGCUUCUCCAUGACAUUGAAGAGCGCAAGCGCAAGAAGGUAGAAGAACAACAGCGCAUUCGGGAUGAGGCACGAGCCCGCAAAGCUGAAGGCUUGCCCGCCAAGCAAGGCGCCGAGGCUGUCGACAUUGAUGAGAACGAUAUGCUAGAUGAUGAUAUGGACAUCGAGGGCAAUGAUUCGAACCCCAUGGCCGCACUUCUUGCCUCAGCACGCGCUCGCGCCGUAGAAUACGAUGAGAACCAAAGCGAUGACGACGAGAUGGACGAUGACGAGGAUGAAGACGAUGACGAUGAGAUGGAGGAUGACGAGGAGGGAGGCGCAACGAUUGACGAUUCUGCCGCACCACUGGUCAAUUCCAAGUCUUUCUCGAAGGAGAGCUCCCGCCGUCAAUUCGACAAGGUCUUCAAGCAAGUUACCGAUAGCGCUGAUGUUGUGUUGUACGUGCUUGAUGCCCGUGACCCCGAGGGAACCCGCUCUCGUGACAUUGAGCGUGAGAUCAUGGCUGCCGAUGGUGGCAAUAAGCGAUUGAUUCUCAUCCUGAACAAGAUCGAUCUGGUCCCGCCACCAGUGCUCAAGGCCUGGUUGAUCCACCUGCGCCGCUCCUUCCCAACCCUUCCCCUUAAGGCCUCCAGCGGCACUGCCAACGCACACAGCUUUGACCACAAGCAGUUGACGGUCAAGGGUACUUCAGAUACGCUUUUCCGUGCCCUCAAGUCAUACGCUGGUUCCAAGCAGUUGAAGCGAUCCAUCUCGGUCGGUGUUAUUGGCUACCCCAACGUUGGCAAGUCCUCUGUCAUCAACGCACUUACCGCACGUUUGAACAAGGGCUCGAGCAAUGCUUGCCCGACCGGUGCCGAAGCCGGCGUUACCACCAGCUUGCGCCAGGUCAAGCUGGACAACAAGCUCAAGUUGAUCGACUCUCCUGGAAUUGUCUUCCCCAGCGCCAGCGACAAGACUUCCAAGAAGAACAAGAAGCAAGAAGAGCAGGCGCGUCUGAUUCUUCUCAAUGCUGUCCCACCCAAGCAGAUCGAAGAUCCUAUUCCCGCAGUCAAUCUCUUGAUGAAGCGCCUGUCCGCUUCAGAAAACCUCCUCAACAAGAUGCUCGAGCUGUACGGUAUCACAGCUCUCUUCCCUAGCAACGGCGACAAGACCACCGACUUCUUGGUUCAGGUUGCCCGCAAGCGCGGCCGUCUCGGAAAGCGUGGUGUUCCCAACAUCGAGAGUGCUGCUAUGACUGUAAUCACCGAUUGGAGAGAUGGUCGUAUUCAAGGUUGGGCCAAUGCGCCUGUGCUGCCCGUUGUCUCAGCGGAUGCUCCUGCAGGCAAUGCUGAGCCUGGCGUUGAUACCACACAGGUUGUCACCCAAUGGGCUAAGGAGUUCAGCAUUGAGGGCCUCUGGGGCAAUGGACAGGGUGAUGACGAGGAGAUGGCCGAGUAA